AUGAUGACAUUUAAUAAGAUUUCUGUGUAUCUAUUCAUUUUGCAUGUUCCUAUUUUUUUAAUUAAUAUUUCGUGCAAUGUAAUUAUAAAUAACAAUAAAUCGAACUCAAAUGUAUCAAAAAUUGAUAAUUUGAAAAAAGAAAAUGAUGAUGAUAUUUUGAACGUUAAUAAGUGGGAAAAUGAGGAACUUGUUUCUGGAAAUUCGGAGGAAGUAAAAGACGAAAAUAAAUAUUACCCUAGUGAUGUAUGUGAAAAAGUUGGUACAUUCUCACAAUGUCCUAAAAAAUCAUUUAGUUCAAUGAAUGAUUGGAAUUACAGAAAUAUAAAAAAUGCUUCAGAAGCUAAUACUGGAGUAUAUGUUCCUCCUAGGAGAAACAAAUUAUGUCUUUUAGAUCUUGGCAAACGCAAAAAUGGUAUAAAGGAUAUGGAUAAAUUCAAAGAGGAACUUCUUAAAGUUGCUUCAGGUGAAUCAUAUUCCUUAAUGGAAUAUUUUAAGAACGAACCUUCAAAUGCAUUAGCUGCAUUAGAUUAUAGUUUUGCUGACUUAGGAGAUAUUGUUAAAGGAACAGAUAUGAUGGAUAAUAAAUAUACAAGAAAUAUAAAUACAAGGCUACAUAAUAUAUUUAAUAAACAAAAUGGAGAUAAUGAUAUAGUGACAAAAAGAUUAGAAUGGUGGAAUAAAAAUAAAAAUGAUAUUUGGGAAGCAAUGGUUUGUGGAUAUAGUGGUAAUAAAAAAGUUGGAAAUUUUCCAGAACUUAAUAAUAUUGAUGAGGUACCACAACGUUUCCGAUGGUUUAGGGAGUGGGGCAAGGAUGUUUGCUAUGAAUAUGAAUAUAACUUAUAUGUUGUUAUAAAACUAUGUAAAAUAAAAAAAAAUAUAAAUAAGGAUGAUUCACAAAUAGAAGAAAUGCAAACAAAUGUUGAAUGCACAAAAGGAUUAGAUUAUUAUUUAGAAAGAAUUAAUAAAAGAAAACGCCAGUGGGAUUAUCAAUCUGAAAUGUUUAAUAAUUAUAAAAGUACAUAUGACAAUGCUAAAGAAUUAACACCACAAUCAUAUUUACAGGAAAAAUGUAUUGAAUGUAAUUGUAAGACAAAGGAUUUGGAAAAGAUGUUCAAAGAAAGUCAAGAUAAAGUCGAAAUUCUUAAAGUGUUAAUUCAGAGAAGUAAAACUAUUCCCGAUGAAAUAAUGAGUGCUCUCGAAUCAAGUACAAAGGUUAUAUCUAAUGAUUUUACAAAUGAAGAUGAAGAUGAACAAAUAAAUAAUAAUAUAGAUGAAACAUCAGAAGACAUAAAUAAUGCAUUAAAAAUUCCUAAAUUUGGAUAUAAUAUAUCAUCUGAUAAUAUUAGUGAAUCUAUUAGAAAAAAUGGAGAUGAAAAUCUGGGAGAUGUAGAAGAAGAAGAAAUGUAUGAAGACAACCAAGAUAUAUAUGAAUCUAUGGGACAAGAACGUAGAGAUAUUCACUCAAAACGUAGUGUGAAAAAAAGAAAAGGUACGUUGACGAAAAAAGAAGAUGUUAAUGGAGCACAUAAAUGGAAAUUAUCUUGGUCUUGGUCUCCAUGGAAUAUAGCAGGAAUUAUAUCAAGAAAGAUUAUAUCAAGAGCUGCUGAUCCAAUGACUUAUUCGGAAGUUGCUGCAAGAGCUACAGAGAAUUUAGUUCGAUCUGCAUCUGGAAUAAAUACUCCUGGUAGUAGUAUGGGUGAAGAGACAAAAAAAGUUAAUGAUGCUGGUAGAGAAGAUUCAGAAGAUACAGAAGAUGAAGAAGAAGAAGAUGAUGAAGAAGAUGAUGAAGAAGAUGAUGAUAAUGAAGAUGAAGAGGAAGAACAAAAACAAAAUAUGUUAAGAGUAAUAGAUUUAACUCCAUCGGACAAAGAUAAUAUAGCCAAUGAAAAUGAAGACGAAAAAGAAGAGCACGAGGAAGAAGUAGAAAUGUACUCAAGCUAUGUAGAUGAAAUAGAAGAAGAGGAAAAUAUUAAAGAAGAAGUUAAUAGAGACGAUAUUUCAGAUAAUGAUUUCACAGAGGAAGAUGAAGAGACAGAAGAAGAAGAAACCGAGAAAGAUAAAAAAGAUACAGAAAAAGAAAAAAAUAAAGUUGAAAAGGAUAAUUCAAAAGUUGAUAAUGAAAUUGAUGUAUUAUUAUCUUCCCAUGAUAAGGAUAAUGAUAAAAAAAAAGAAUCCAAUAAAUCAAUAUUAAAUUCAGUUUUAACUUUAUUUAAUAAAAAUGACGGUUCUGAUACUUUUUUAAAAGGAUUAAGAGGAGAUGUUACAUUUUUUUUUCAAAACAUUUAA